UAUAUAGACAUUGGUCUUUUAAAACGACUUCCCUUUCUAUUUCCCUGCGUCAGAGUGCGGAGGGGGGACGUGUAGAAUUGGUGGCAUUUAUUCAAGAAAAAGUCAACAAAAUCAACCAAGAUGCCUGAAGAAAUGCGCCAAGAUGAAGAGGCGGAGACCUUUGCCUUCCAGGCCGAGAUCGCCCAGCUGAUGUCCCUCAUCAUCAACACCUUCUACUCCAACAAAGAGAUCUUCCUCAGGGAGCUCAUCUCCAACGCCUCUGAUGCUCUUGACAAAAUCAGAUAUGAAAGCUUGACAGACCCCACCAAGCUGGACAGCAGCAAGGACCUGAAAAUCGACAUUGUGCCCGACAAGAACGAGCGCACCCUCACUCUCACCGACUCUGGAAUCGGCAUGACCAAAGCAGACCUCAUCAACAACCUGGGCACCAUCGCCAAGUCAGGAACCAAGGCCUUCAUGGAGGCUCUGCAGGCUGGUGCAGACAUCUCCAUGAUUGGGCAGUUCGGUGUGGGUUUCUACUCCGCUUACCUGGUGGCCGAGAAGGUGACCGUCAUCACCAAACACAACGAUGACGAGCAGUACGUCUGGGAGUCCUCCGCCGGGGGGUCCUUCACAGUCAAGGUGGACACCGCAGGUGAGCCCAUGGGCCGCGGCACCAAGAUCAUCCUGCACCUGAAGGACGACCAGUCAGAGUACCUGGAGGACAAGAGAGUCAAGGAGAUCGUCAAGAAACACUCGCAGUUCAUCGGCUACCCCAUCACCCUCUUCGUGGAGAAGGAGCGUGACAAGGAGAUCAGCGACGACGAGGGCGAGGAGGAGAAGGCCGACAAGGAGGAGAAAGAGGAGGAGGAGGGCGAGGACAAGCCCAAGAUCGAGGACGUGGGCUCGGACGAGGACGAAGACGACAAGGAUAAGGACAAGAAGAAGAAGAAGAAGAAGAUCAAGGAGAAGUACAUCGACCAGGAGGAGCUGAACAAGACCAAGCCCCUGUGGACGCGGAACCCCGACGACAUCACCACCGAGGAGUACGGAGAGUUCUACAAGAGCCUCACCAACGACUGGGAAGACCACCUGGCAGUCAAGCACUUCUCUGUGGAGGGCCAGCUGGAGUUCCGUGCCUUGCUCUUCAUCCCCCGCCGCGCGCCCUUCGACCUCUUUGAGAACAAGAAGAAGAAGAACAACAUCAAGCUGUACGUCCGCAGGGUCUUCAUCAUGGACAACUGCGAGGAGCUCAUCCCAGAGUACCUCAACUUCAUCCGCGGCGUUGUGGACUCUGAGGACCUGCCCCUCAACAUCUCCCGCGAGAUGCUGCAGCAGAGCAAGAUCCUGAAGGUCAUCCGCAAGAACCUCGUCAAGAAGUGCCUGGAGCUCUUCACAGAGAUGGCCGAGGACAAGGAGAACUACAAGAAGUUCUACGAGCAGUUCUCCAAGAACAUGAAGCUGGGUAUCCAUGAGGACUCCCAGAACCGCAAGCGUCUGUCAGAGCUGCUGCGCUACCACAGCUCCCAGUCUGGAGACGAGAUGACGUCCCUGCAGGAGUACGUCACUCGCAUGAAGGAGAACCAGAAGGCCAUCUACUACAUCACCGGCGAGAACAAGGACCAGGUUGCCAACUCUGCCUUCGUGGAGCGCGUGCGUAAGCGCGGGUUCGAGGUGAUCUACAUGACGGAGCCCAUCGACGAAUACUGUGUACAGCAGCUCAAGGAGUUCGACGGCAAGAACCUUGUCUCCGUCACCAAGGAGGGCCUGGAGCUGCCCGAGGACGAGGAGGAGAAGAAGAAGAUGGAGGAGGACAAGGCGAAGUUCGAGAACCUCUGCAAGCUCAUGAAGGACAUCCUGGACAAGAAAGUCGAGAAGGUCACUGUGUCCAACCGCCUGGUGUCGUCACCCUGCUGCAUCGUGACCAGCACGUACGGCUGGACGGCCAACAUGGAGCGCAUCAUGAAGGCCCAGGCCCUCAGGGACAACUCCACCAUGGGCUACAUGUCCGCCAAGAAGCACCUGGAGAUCAACCCAGACCAUCCCAUCGUGGAGACGCUGCGGCAGAAGGCCGAGGCCGACAAGAACGACAAGGCGGUGAAGGACCUGGUGAUCCUGCUGUUCGAGACGUCGCUCCUCUCCUCAGGGUUCUCCCUCGACGACCCCCAGACGCACUCCAACCGCAUCUACAGGAUGAUCAAGCUCGGCCUGGGUAUCGAUGACGAUGACGUCACCACGGAAGAGCCCGCCUCCUCCGCCCCCACCACAGACGAGAUCCCUCCCCUGGAGGGAGACGAUGACGCCAGCCGUAUGGAGGAGGUCGAUUAAACGCCAACCCCCCCCCAUACGCCACACACGCCACAUUCCCUACACACACACACACAACAAGCUCCACCUGUGAUACAACAAAACAAACACCUCACAUUUUUCUUCCAAUUGUAUCUUAUUUGUCAUUUCGUCCCUUCGUGUUGGAUGGAGAGCCAGGUUUAAAUGUCCUCCUUACAAUGGUUAAAGAGAAAAAUAAUAAGAAACACACUUAUAAAUAAUACAAAAAAAUGUCCAUUUACGCUGUACAGUGAAAUUAAACUAAAAGUGGCUCGUUCCGGAGCUUGUGCGUUUUAUCUGGUAAGGGACGCCAGCCAGAGGAGCGUUUAGGGUUGUUGAUGGGUGAUGAGGGUUCUAGAAUGGCGUCACCUCGGUGAUGAUGGUUCUAGAAUUGUGUCACCUGGGUGGUGACAGUUCUAGAAUGGUGUCACCUGGGUGAUCAGGGUUCUAGAAUGGGGUCACCACCCGGGUCUCCUGAAGCUUGAGUCCCCUGUUGCACUGAGUUUAGAAGUUUUUAAGGGCACUGUUGUCGUCACCAUGGGAACGGAACGCAGGGGAACUGGAACAUUCCAUCAGACUGAAGCAGAAGGGGAGGGGGGAUGGAUGGAUGGAUGUGAAGGGUAGAAGAGAGGAGGGAUGGAUGAAGAGAGAGAGAGGGAUGAAGAGAGGAGGGAUGGAUGAAGAGAUGAAGAGAGAGAGAGGGAUGAAGAGAGAGGGAGAGGGGGAUGAAGAGAGAGAGAGAGGGAUGAAGAGAGAGAGAGAGAGAGAGAGAGAGGUUGCCUGGCUCCACUGCUCAUGAGUGAUGUGCACGCUGCAUGGUGAGAGGUGGGCGGGGCUAACGGUUCUUCUGCCCAUGUCCAGAUCUGUCUGUAUAAGUCUGACAUUUUGAUUUUUGAAAAAAUUAAAAACGUUAUACUGGAAA